AUGAGUGAUUGUUGGAAAAGUUACGAUUGUUUGAAAGAUGAGAGUUACACACACCUCACCGUCAACCACUCAAUUGAAUUUAAGAACCCUGAUACCGGAGCACAUACAAAUAAUGUGGAAUGGAUGUGGCGUCUUGCUAAGGCAUCCAUGAGUCAAUACUGUCGUAAAAAACGAUUCUACGCAGGGUACUUGGCAAAAUAUAUAUUUUUAAAAUCGUGUCGAUUACAAAAUAUUGACACUCUAACAGAAUUUUUUCAGUUGUGUUCCAUAGCAUACGACCCUGUUGAUGGAGUGAGAGCCGAUAAUGUUGUUGAGUCUGCAGAGUCGGAAUCUGGCACCGGCUCUGAGAUAGAAUCUGAGGACGAAUCAUAA